AUCUAUCAUUUCUUACUGUCCCAAGCAAAACAUAACUGUAAAUAAAUAAAACAAAAAAAAAAAAAGUUCUGAAAAAAUGCUAGAGUCAAGGAGGCUCUUAUGGGUAUUAUCCAUCAUUGUAUUGGUGGCAGCCGUUUCCAAGGUAGUCUCAGAGGUAGACAACGAUUCAAUCGAUGAUGAUCGUACCUCAUUAGAGGGCAUGACGACGCCCAAACGUGAAGUCAUCGAAGUAGACCCAUCAAAAUCUAAACGCAAAGAAGAGAAAGAUAAUGCACCCGCCGCGGCUGGACCUGAGAUGAAUUGGCCUGGAAAAUGGGAGUUGUUCAUGAAGAAUUCUGGUGUAUCAGCCAUGCACGCGAUCUUGAUGCCGUUGAUCAAUAAAGUCCAGUUUUACGAUGCAACCAUUUGGAGAAUUUCACAAGUCAAGCUGCCUCCUGGCGUACCUUGCCAUGUUUUCGACCCAAAGGCUAACAAAAUUGAUUGUUUUGCUCACUCUGUCCUCAUCGAUAUCAACACCGGAACCAUGAGGCCUCUUGCGCUGACAACAGACACAUGGUGUUCGUCUGGAGGUUUAACCCCAAACGGGACAUUGGUAAGCACAGGAGGAUUCCAAGGAGGAGCAAACACGGCAAGGUACCUUUCCACGUGUGACAACUGUGUAUGGAUUGAAUACCCACAGGCACUCGCUGCAAGGAGAUGGUACUCAACACAAGCCACUCUCCCCGAUGGUACUUUCAUCGUUGUUGGAGGCCGUGACGCACUCAACUACGAGUAUAUCCUUCCCGAGGGACAAAACAACAAGAAACUCUAUGACUCGCAACUUCUUAGACAAACAGAUGAUCCCGAAGAAAACAAUCUAUACCCAUUUGUCUGGCUCAACACUGAUGGUAACCUCUUCAUUUUCGCCAACAACCGAUCCAUUCUACUUAGCCCGAAAACGAACAAAGUGCUCAAAGAGUUUCCUCAACUCCCUGGUGGUACUCGUAACUACCCUGGUUCUGCCUCCUCGGCUCUUCUCCCCAUCCGUCUCAACGUCCAAAACCCGGCUGUCAUCCCUGCUGAUGUCCUCGUUUGUGGUGGUGCAACGCAUGACGCUUUCUUCCGUGCUGAGAAAAAGAAGAUUUUCAAUCCGGCUUUGAAAGAUUGUGCAAGGAUAAGCAUCAAUGAUCCUAACCCUGUAUGGAAAACAGAGAUGAUGCCAAUGUCACGAGUGAUGAGUGAUACCGUGCUCCUUCCUAAUGGAGAAGUCCUUAUCGUUAAUGGUGCAAAACUUGGAUCCUCCGGUUGGAACUUAGCCAAAGAACCAAACUUUUCGCCAAUCUUGUACUCCCCUGACAAACCUUUAGGCAAACGUUUCAAAGAGCUCGCCGCUUCCACUAUCCCUCGUAUGUACCAUUCCAUCGCAAUCGCUCUUCCUGACGGUAAAGUUCUUGUCGGUGGAAGCAACACCAACGAUGGAUACCAAUACAACGUUGAGUACCCAACCGAGCUCCGUAUCGAGAAAUUCUUACCACCUUACCUUGACCCAGCUCUUGCCAUUAUGAGGCCAAGAAUCAUAAACACCGCAACACCAAAACAGAUCAAGUAUGGACAAAAGUUUGACGUCAACAUCGAGCUCAAACAACCAAACGUGCCAAAGGAGAAUGUCAUGGUGACAAUGUUGGCACCAUCGUUUACAACACAUAGUGUAUCAAUGAACAUGAGGCUGCUCAUGUUGGGUAUAAAAGAUGUCAAGAACGUUGGUGGUGAUAACUACAAGAUCGAAGCCGUUGCUCCUCCUAGUGGAAACGUUGCUCCUCCUGGUUACUAUGUUCUCUCUGCCGUCUACAAUGGUGUCCCCAGUGUUGGAGAAUGGAUUCAAAUCCUUUGAUUUUGAUUUUUUGAUUUUGUGUACAUAAUAAUGCUGAACGGUUCAGCCUAGACCUAUUUUUUGAAACGUUACUAUUAUCAUGCUCUCACCUAUAAAAUGGUUGUAAAGCAAUUUUUGUAUUUCUUACUACUUAUAUGAAUGAAUUUUUUCUUUGA